AUGACCGACAAGAACAUUACAGGGCUCCAGGCAGGGGACGACGGCAUCAGCAUGCCCGUUAAUUCCCUCAACGUCUCGCCACGUAACUUUUCCAAACUUCCAAGCCCGAACCCAAUGCCUAUUCUACGGAGCGAACGAAAUCCAGACUUUAUCUCAGACCUCACAGGCAAUAUGAGACCACAACAGCAUUCUUUGGACUACGAAAACGCGAGUCGAUUGGCUUCGUCCAACGAGGCCACGACUGCGGUCGGCUCCAUCCACAUUGAACCUGGAGAUCUUGUUCCAGUCGACGGCAUACUCAUGGAAGGUCAUGUCAAGUGUGACGAAUCCCAAGCGCCAGGGGAACGCGAAGUUGUUCGAAAUCAACCAGCCAAAGACGCUUAUGUGGCAAUCGAGAAUCACGAAAACGUUACAAAACUGGAUCCUUGUAUCCAGUCUGGCGCCCAAGGCGUGGGAACAUUUAUUACUACCCCGACCGGCGUCUAUUCGUCUUAUGACAGGACCAUCAUGUCACCGAACAAAGGACUAGAACCAAUACCUCCACAAGGCAAGAUUAACGCCGUGGCCACCUACAUUACAAUGAUUGCUGCCUCGGCUAGCCUCCUUUUGCUCAUUUUCCUCCUUAUCCCGUUCCUCUUUAACCGGCCUCGGCUUACCUUUGGGGACCCAUUAUUUUCCAAUAUUUCCAUUAUUGUCAUCGCCAUCGUCAUUGUUGCUGUGCUCGACGGACUUUUCCUCGCCGCUGCUCUCGCAUCAGAGUUUGCCACAACGCGUUUGGGUGUCAAAAACAACUUUGUGCGCCAUCUGAAGGCGUGCGAGGCCAUGGGCAAUGUAACCACUAUUGGCCCUGACAAGACAGGUAUCUUGAGACAGAACAAGAUGCCAGUUGUCUCGGGUACGACUGGGACCACUCAUAGACUCAGUACGGCUCAACAGAGUUUCCGCGACUCCGGCGACUACGAAGGAAUGUCCCUGGAUGAUGGCCGCGGCAUUUCCAGCACGAAUUUUGUGUCCAUGUCAAGCGCGCCCGCCAAGGACAGGCUUAUCAAAUCCGCCACCUUAAACUCUAUGGAAAGCAAGAUGGUGCGAACAUUGGCAAGAGACAAAAUCACGGCCCAGGACUGUGGUAUUUUGCAGCCUAGCAGCGUCGUUAUACAGGGGCCUAAUUUCCGCAAUCUUGGCAUACCGCAGCAGAGCAAGAUUAUUUCCAAGCUGCACGUGCUUCAGCGGUCCAGCCCUGAAGACAAGCGCAUCCUAAUUGAGAGGCUAAAGGAGAUGGGUACCACGAUUGCCGUCAAAGAGCCCGCGCGUAAGAGCGGAACAGAGGUUGCCCAAGAGGCAUCCGCUAUUGUUAUAAUGGAUGAUAACUUUGCAACAAUUGUCAAGGCACUAAAAUGGGGCCAGGCAGUGAAUGAUGCUGUGAGGCAAUUCCUUCGGCCACAGCUUACGGCCAACGUGCCGGCCGUACUGUUGGCACUUAUCCUGGCGGUCUCCAGCGGCUCACAACCCUCGACAUGGAUGGCGGCCCUGUUUCUCUGGGUUAACUUGAUAAUGGACACCCUCGCAGCUCUAGCUUUGUCCACUGACCCUCCUCGGGAGAGUACUCGAAUCCGGAAGCCCGAGUCAAAAGGUUCGUACGCUCAAUGUUGUCACAACAACGAAGUGGGAGGCGAUUCUCAGACACUGGAUACGUCUGUUCGCCAUAACGCAGCUACUCUACUACGCAGCCGCAAUGGCAUUCUACCUAUUCCUGGUCGGACGAUGUUCCUACGGACAGUCGGAUCAACGCCCUUGUCUUUCACGCCUGUGUGUGGAUGCAGCUCUUUUUGCCCGUGGAAGUAG